AACCCUAACUCGGUUAAAUAACGUAGCAAUCAAAUUUUCAUAGUUAAAAGCAAGUGCAGAUGUAUAUCCAAAUAAUGCAUUUUGCUUUAUAACUUAAAUACCUGCAUAAAGAGUGACCUGCACAUUGCAAAGAUACAAUUAUCUCCUCUGUUUGGAACUAUUCAAAGUGAAGAUGGAUUCGUACUUGAUGAUGCUGUAUGUUUCCAUAGAGCAAGAGAAGGCCAUGAAAAAACUGUUUUCUGAUAAUGGUUGGAAGUAUUGCAAACCAGACAUACUACAUCUUACUGAUAAGCUGGGCGGAGUUCAUACCAGCGAUUUAGCAGAGAAAUCUACAGAAACGAUGCAUGCAAAAAUUACCUCCCCUCCUAAAACUACAAAAGCAAGUGUUACCUCCCCUCAGAGACCAGCAACAAGGUCUCAAAAGUCUAGAAUGAUUGAGGAAAAUACAGAACAUUAUGAUGAUCUUGAUACACCAACAGAAAAAGAGGAAUGUGAGGAUGUUGUUGAUGAUGGAGAUUUAAAUGAUUACAUGGAACAUGGUGAUGAGGAUGAUGACUAUAUUGAUGAUGAUAAGGAAAUGAAAAAAAUAACCAGGCAGUUGACAAAGUCACCAGAUUCUAACCUCAGUUUUACUGAGAGGGAAGAGUUUACAGCCAAACUAGAUGGUACUGAAGACAUUGAUCCUGAAGAUUUAACACCUGCAGAAAAAUGUGUCAAAAAAAGAGGAACAGACAAAAUACAAGAUUACUCAAAAGCCAGAAGCAAAUUUGUUAAAGCUGAGGUACCAGGUCUCGUAACUAAUUCUUCAACAACAAAACUUCCUUCUGUAACUGAAAGGAAGUUGUGCUCAGCAACCAAUAUAAAGGGUAAAACUGUUGUACCGAGUAAAAAUGAUGGUCAACAGAAAAGAAACAAGCAGAAAUCAGAAGAUUCAAUACAUGUGAUUAAUAAAAAUAAGUUACUCUCUGAUGCUUUGUGUAUGGGGAAAGGUCACGGAUCUUUGGUAAGUUUACAGCCAAAUAAACGGUAUCGCAUGAAAACGGCAAGCGAAAUGGAAAAGAAACUUCAGAAUUAUACUUGUGAUGAAUGUGGAAAAGUGUAUUCAGUGCGGUCGUGUUUGAAGAGACAUAUGAAGUCACAUAAACCAGGGGUUGAACAUUGCAGUCAGUGUCACAUGUAUUUUGACAAUGCUGAGCAGUUAGAGGCUCACAAGAUGAAGAUACAUUCCGCAAGUUAUUCGUGCAAGCUGUGUAGAUCUCAGUUUUCGCGUAAAGCCAGUCUACGUAAACAUGUGAUUAGUGCUCAUCCAGAGCACAGUAAUGCGAAAUUUUCAUGCCCUAAAAGUAAUUGUAAAGCAGCCUUCGAUGAUGAGGAACUUUAUCGUGAUCAUCUUAACGUUCAUGAGGGGCUAACACCUCAUAAGUGUUCUCAGUGCGAUAAAGCUUUCCCAACGAGAUCGUUACUAAAAUUGCAUGAGAAUAAACAUAAUGGUGAUAAUGUGAUAAAGUGCAAAGAAUGUGGAAGGCAGUUCAAAAGUUACGGUUCUUUGCAUAAUCACAGAGUUUCUGUGCAUGAAAAGAAAAGAUUUAAAUGUAAUCAGUGUGACAAAGUAUUUAUAUAUAGGUCAGGAUUCUGUAAACAUCUGUUAACUCACAAAAAAGAGGAUUUAGAAACAACUAGUUCUAUAUCGUGCUCCGUUAUAAGUGAACAGACGGCAGAUAUCAAAGAAAAAAUGAAAGGUCAGGAAGUUGUAGAUUGUCCUAGAGCAAAUGAUAAAACUGUUGUUGGAAUUAAUGCAGAAAGUGCUGAUCAAAUUGUUAUGAAUAUUUCUAAUCAAGCGUGCCAAAUGGAAAUAGUUGGGAACCAGACUGUUGAAAGCAUGAAUCAAGUUGAGGCAGUGGUGAGCGCAGGACUGUCCAGCAUGGGUGUGUCCCAGAUGCAGACACCUGUGCUGGCUGGACAGGAAGUGGCAGUUUUACCACUUAGUACAGUUCAGUUGGAUCCUAGCGCUAGAAUUAUGUGGAUAUGUAGAACUUAAGAAUUAAAAAUAAUGUUGCACGUUACAAAAAUCUGUUUUUAUGCUCCCCGAAAAAUUUCGGGGGAGCAUAUAGUCGGCGCCUUGUCCGUCCGUCCGUCCGCACUACCGAAUAGGGUUAAGGGGCCAUCUAACUGUAAACAGAACAAAAGAGAACAAUAGAGUUCAUUCCAUAACAAUAGAGUAAGGGGCCUUUGGCCCUCUCUUAAACAAUAGAAAAUAACAAAAGAAAUGGCCCCUUAUUCCAUUUCGGCCAGACGUCCGUCCAUCUGUCCGUCCGUUGUCUUGUCCGGAGCAUAACUUGAAAACCCUUGGAGAUAAUUUGUUGAAACUUCAUACAGUGGUAGAGGGCAUCGAGGGGGAGUGCAGUGUCAAAGAACCAUAACUCUAUUUUGCCCGGUUUUUGAAUUAUCUCCCCUUAUAGAAAAAUCUUGUCCGGGCAUAACUCUAAAACUAUAAGAGAUAUCAACAUGAAACUUUGUAGGUGAAUAGAUCUCAAUGGGUAGAUGUGCAGUGCACAUACAUGCCAUAUCCCCCGCUGGGGGACAAACACCCCCGAUUUUCGACCAUGUCUCCCGAUCUCCCGCCGUGGGAUUGAAAUCCCCCGAUUUUCAAAAAUUCAACCAAAAAAAAAAAUUAAAGCAUCAUUUUUACCAAUAAACAUAAUUAAACAAUAGACUUAAACAACUUUUACAACUAUAUAUGUCUGAAGUAAUAUUUCCCCAUUAAACAGCAGGGGUCUAACGGAUAAUUGUAUUAUUAGUUACUCCGACACACUUCAGAUGUCAAGGAAUAACAAAUUCUCCUUUGAUAAACCUGUCAAUCAGUGUCAGUAUUGCAGGUGCUUAACCAAUGACAGCGUGCGAUACUGAAUGUGUGACGUAUCAAUUUUUGUUGGGCUAUGUAACCCCGCCUUGAGUUUGUUGUCGGCAUUGGGUCUUUGAAGUUGAUAAGUGCAGAUAAAAAAAUAAUGAUCUGGCAAUAGAAUCUCAAAGAAUCACAGAUUAGCAAUGUUUGAAACUAUUAUUUUUUAUGUAAAUGUGAUCUAUGUUGUUGCAAAAAUAAUAUAAACUAGCUUUGUCUCACAGUAAGCAACAAACACUGAGGAGGGAUUGAAAGAGGUAAAAAUCCGUUUCAAUCAGAUAAAUAAUAAAUAAUACCCGUUUUAACACCCAAAGGGCCAAAAUAAUUAGGUCCAAUUAUUAUCCAGUAGUCAGUACACUCCAAAAAACCUUUACACAACCCUGCAUCAAUUACACAGUUUACAUGUACAUACAGGUAUCAAGUGACGUAGUGUCUAGACUCCCUACUGCCAUAUAAGGCAAUCAAUGUGUGUUAACAAAUUGAGGUGUGAAGUACAUAAUGGAUUAAGAUUUGUGUCAGAUUUUUUUUUUUUUUUUUACUGUUUAUGAAGUGUCAACAGAAAAUUUUUAAGACAGCAUUUUUUUAUUACACCUUUCUAUGCCUACAAAAAUUCUCUGAAACCUUUCAUUUAAAAAGAAAAAUAUUUACCAUUCAUUUAAAGAGAAAAAACUUUGGCUGUUAAAGUAUAUUUAUUUUAAUGAUUUUGAAUGCAUCAAAUUCAAGUUAUUUGUACUAAAAUGAUUCAAUAUAUAUCUGAUAUAAAAAUGUAUUUUAUAUGAUAUACAUGCAAUUAAUUAUACAUGUAUUUGUUUUACAGGGAUUCUUAUUUUAUUUACAUCAAAUAUUUAAAGUACCUUUGUUUAUUUGCAUUUGUUUACAUAUUAUUCUUUUACAGUCAUGUAUGUUAAAACUUGAAAAUAUCAAAUGAUCUUGUAGAAAUGUUCAUUUUCAUAAUAAAAUGGGGGAAAUUUAAUUAAAUGUUUGCGUCGUUUUAAGAUUACGACUGGUUUGCGCUUGCUUAAAAAUCCCCCUACUUUUGGUCCAAAUCCCCUGCUUUUUAAAGCCAAAUCCCCCUAUCUGGGUGGCUGGAAAUAUGGCAUGUAUGGCAGUGCAUAAGAACAAUAACUCUUUUCAUCCUAAUUUUGGAGUUAUUGCCCUUUGUUAAUUUUAAUACUUUGAACUUUGUCCGGAACAUAACUUGAAAACCCUUGGAGAUAAUUUGUUGAAACUUCAUACAGUGGUACAGUGCAUCGAGGGGGAGUGCAGUGUCAAAGAACCAUAACUUUAUUUUGCCCGGUUUUUGAAUUAUCUCCCCUUAUAGAAAAAUCUUGUCCGGGGCAUAACUCUAAAACUAUAAGAGAUAUCAACAUGAAACAUUGUAGGUAGAUAGAUCUCAUUGAGUAGAGGUGCAGUGCAAAAGAACCAUAACUCUGUUAAGCCUUAUUUUUGAAUAAUCUCCCCUUAUAGAAAAAUCUUGUCCAGGACAUAGCUGUAAAACUAUAAGAGAUAUCAACAUGAAACUUUGUAAGUAGAUAAAUCUUAAUGGGUAGAUGUGCAGUGCACAAGAAUCAUAACUCUACCUUGCCUUAUUCUGGAGUUAUUGCCCUUUGUUUAUUUUUACUUUUUGAAUUGUCCAGGACAUAACUCGGAAAUCAUAAGAGAUAUCAUCAAGAAACUUUGUAGGUUGAUAGAUCACAUUGAUUAGAAGUGCAGUGCAAAGAACUGUAACUCUGCCUUGCCUAAUUUUGGAAUUAUUGCACUUUGAACUUUUUCCACGGACAUAACUCUGAAACUACAAGAGGUGUACUUUCCUGUGUCCAAAACCUAUUCGGGGAGCAUCACCCGGCUCAAACCGGGCUCUUGUUCUUGACUAAUUUAUUGAAGAUCUACAUUAUUGAAAUUUCAGGAUCUUUAGUGAUAGUAACUUGGCCUUUUCACUGCCAUGUUUGCAUGAAAGUGACAGUACAGACUGACAUGUCCAUAAAAAUGUGACCUAUAAAGACUAGAAUUUUAAUUUUGAUAACUUUUUAACUUUAACAUAACAAUAAUUUUGUAUGGAAUAAGUUUUUUUGUGUCUAAAUUUGAAGUUAUUCAUGAUAAUGAACUAUAUUUCAAGUUUAAGAAUACUUAUUUUCAAAUUUAAGAAUACUUA